CUGCUCGAGCUGUCACGUACCGUAGUGCAGCCACCACACGGCUCAGUCGAAAAUCAGUCUCUCGAGGUGAAGGGUGCGAGACACAUAGCCGCUGUUCCGCUUACUGUCUUGAGUGAAAGAGCCACACCUAUAGAAAGAUAGACUAUCUUCAAGGACGCACACAUUCUAUCUUUCCUGAAUUCUUCCCAAUAAAUGUAGUUUAGUUUUGUUUCUUAAAAAAAAAAAAUGCAGUGAACGGGAAGUUUACGUAAUAAUUAAUACAUUUGCUACUCAUCUGUGAUAAGAAUGAAGGCUUAUCACGUCUUAUAAAACAUUCUCCAAGGCCUCGCUCAGUCGUGUUGGGAGUCGCGUGCGUACAAAUUUCGGUUCAGUUUCGUUCGCGCCUGUGCUUCACCCAAGGAAUUAGGCUGCGUGCUGGGAGGGGGAGCUCAACUCUUCGGGUAAACUUUGGAUACAAACGAGCACUGCAGCAGGACUAUCACCACCACCACUAGCACCACCACCACCACUGCCGCAACAAGGAUGAAGGGGAAGGCAGUGGCGGGGGAAAAGGUGGACAAGGAAGGCGUGGACAAAGAGGAGGAGCUGCUACUGAACGGCAAUAGACAGGAGAUUAUCACGAGGCCCAAAGAGGCGAAGGGGGAUCCGAAGGGAACAGCUCCUGAUGGUGGCUGGGGCUGGUGCGUGGUGCUGGCGGGGACUGUAGGCAUGAUGAUGAUGGGAACACAAGGGCCCUGCUUCGGCGUGCUUUACGGGCAGCGCCUCGCUGACCUCGGUGCCUCCCCCAGCCUCGGGACAUGGCUCUUCAAUAUACAGUCCCUUAUUUGGAACCUGACUGGUCCGUGGGCGGCGCCGCUGAAUGAGGUGUUCACUUACCGCACCAUCGCCACGGCAGGCUCCCUCUUGGUGGCCUCCUCGCUCUUCUUCUCCCCCCUUGUGCAAAACCCUUAUCUACUGCUGCUCACAUUCUCCGUCACAGUUGGUUUGGGCGGCGGGCCGGCCAUCAUGAGCUGCUACCACUCCACGGCACUCUACUUCAACAAGCGUCUGGGCCUCGCCAACGGCAUCGUGGUGACCGGCGGCUCCCUGGGCCUCAUCCUCAUGCCGCAGCUCGCCUCUCUGCUGCAGGACGCCUAUCCCUUCCGUUGGGCCUCUUUCAUCACAGGAGCUGUAGUUCUCCACUGCCCGGUGAUGAUGCUGCUGCUGCACCCAAUCGGCUGGCAUCGCCGCGCUCCGGAGCAGUCUCCGGAAGAUCCGCCUCAGACAACUAAAGAGGACGCCAGUGAGACGCAGAAACCCCUGAGACAAGGCUUGCUGCGAGGCUCCUCCGUGCCCACGGAUCUGCUCAAGCUGGGCGGCGGCCUCAGGCGCGAGGCGGUGAUCGCCAAGAGGCUUCGCUCCGGCAGCGAAUGUCACACCGACACUCCGUGGCUGGAGCAGAGGGGCUCCGCGUUCCGUCUGGGCGGCAGCACCUUCAUGGCAGGCAGCGUCCUGACCCUCCAAGACAACGAUGAGAAUUCCUCUCUUUGCAUGGCGCCUCAUUCACUGCAGGUCACGGAUGAGAGGCAGCAGGACCCCGAGAAGCAGCUGGGUCCCAUGAGGCGGGUAUGGAUCAAGUUUCGGUCCCAGUACAACGUGAAGUUAAUGAAGGACCCGCUGGCGAUGGGCGUCGCCCUGGCCACCUGCCUCAGCAUCACAGGCAGCAUCAACAUCUUCGCUGCCAUCCCGUUCGUGCUGGCCGAGGCGGACUACUCCCUGCAGGACACCGCCACAGCCAUGUCGGUAACUGCCGUGGUGGAUCUCUUUACGCGCAUGCUCGGGGCGUUCAUCACAGACUGCCCCAGGGUGGACGUCAGACUCAUCUAUGUCUUCGCGCAACUCAUCUACAUCGUGGUGCCUUACGUGCUCUUGUGUAACAGCGGUCAGUACUGGAUCAUGUUGGCGUGCAUGGCGGCGCUAGGCAUGGGGCUCGGCGUCUUCUACUUGCUGGACGUGCUGCUGGUAGUGCGGAUCCUCGGUGUGCACAGGAUGGGGACGGUGAUGGGGCUGAGUCAGUUUUUCCGAUGUCUUGCCUUCAUCGCGUUAGGUCCCGCUGGAGGUCAGCUUCGGGACACCACAGGGAGUUUCUUCGCCACUGUCCUCUUCAUGUCCAGUGUCGUCCUCGUGGGUUUCCUGUUCCUCAUAUUUACCACAUUCACGGCUCACUGUUGUCGACCCGCCACGCCGAAGCCUUCCCCAGCCCCGCACCGCCCACGUGUCUAAUCCUGCCUCCCCAACGCUCAUCGAGUCUUCAUAGGUACCAAGACAGUGUUUAGUGGAGCGUGUGCACCACUAUGACUGUUGCAGUGAUGAUUGUACUGUGAUUAUCGUAUACAUAAAAAAACAAAAAACAAAAAAAAAAAAAACACGAAACUAUUUGGUAAAGAAUUAAACAUCAAAGAGGUUUUUUCCAUCAUCUACGUACAGGUUGGGUGAUAAUAAUGAUGUGUUAUGAGAAUGAAAACUCCGUCCUCUUUUGACAAGUUUCGAGUUAGUUUGGCGACUCUUGUGUUGUCUGGCGGGAGAUUUCUGAACUACCAAGUAUAGCUGCAGUGACUUGGUACUACACAUUACAGUGCUAACGUACUGUAUGCACUUAUGAAUCCCUUCCAAUACCCACGGGAUUACCAAGUGUAUCCCUUAGUUUGGGAUCUCUUAUUAUAACUGCAAUCUGAAACGUUUUGGUUCAUUGGUUCAUUGUCUCGACUACUUUGAACAGGCUCGGAUGGAAGCUGUUAGAGUUUUCAAGAGAGAGAGAGAGAGAGAGAGAGAGAGAGAGAGAGAGAGAGAGAGAGAGAGAAUCUUUAUACUCGAUGUGGUUUACACCGCUUUUCUUCUGAUCAGCGAAGUUAAGCAACGUUGGGUCUUUUAAGUACUUGGAUGGGUGGCCACUUAACACAGUCCUCAUGAGAGCUCAAAACGUUUCGAAAUACGACCCCAACUAAAUAAUGAAGAGGCGCAACACUACCUCUUCUUCCUACUCCUUCAUCGUCAUCAUCCUCACCGUUUUUUUUUCUUUUAAAGUAAUAGUUCAGGUGUUCAUUUAUUGUUCACUCUCUUAUCGCUCGGUAGUUUUGUACAUAACUUGACUACUGCAACAUAGUAUUGGCGUGUAAAAUCUUCGUUGUACGUAU